AGAGCAUAGAGUAGGUGGUGCAGGCAAGGCUAUUUAUCCAAUAUCCAAUAUCUACAAAGGUUGAAUCUAUCAGACAUUUUAUCAUCCUCCCUGCGUUUCGCAUUUCGAUGCUUAUUCCUGCUGUACUAUUCCCCGGACACACGGCGUGCUGCACGUCUCUAUCAUAUCGUCAUGGUGUUCAGGCCAAUAUGGAGCAGGUAUAAGCAGCAGCGCGCCAAUCUCGGCCUAUUCGGCUAUUACAUGUUCAUGUUUGCGGCAUCAGUUCCAGUUGUCAUUUCAUUCAACACUUUCGUUGUUGAACUCGCAUGGAUCAAUGGCGCAUCCAUGUACCCGUUUCUGAACUCGGAAAAGGACCAAACUAGGCGCAGGGACGUUGUGCUCAAUUUUAAAUAUAAUGCGCAGUAUGGCCUGCAGCGUGGCAUGAUUGUGACGUUUUGGAACCCAUUGAAACCUGAAGCUAUGACUGUCAAAAGAAUUGUUGGCCUGCCGGGCGACGUGAUCCAAGCUCGCAAUCCAUAUCCUGUUCAGACGGUCAUCAUUCCGCCUGGGCAUAUCUGGGUCGAGGGCGACGGUGGCGUGCGCGACAGUAUGGACAGCAAUUACUACGGACCGAUUGCGACGGGGUUGGUUAUUGGGAAAGUUACACAUCUACUGUGGCCGCUUCACAGAGCUGGGCGCGUUCGGUGGUGGGAGCACGCAGACAAGAUCCGGAAUCAAACAUGAAUUGAACUGCUUAUUUUCAGCAUAGGGCAUUGCAGUUUUGUAUUAUUUCCCCCCCUUUACACUCUCAAGGCGAAAUAUCUGGCAAAAUCGGGCCUAAUCGGGCCUACGAGAAAACACAAUUGCCAAGCUAUGAGAAUUGCAUGUAAUGAGUACUUAGGUUCUGAAUGUUAUGCUAUUAGGUGUUGCAUAUUCAAUUUUCCACGGUGGCGGAUAUGGAUCAAGCUUCUGGACUCCAGGUACACACAAAACUCGACUCAUUUACACCUGUGUAUCUAUUGCAUCCUUGGGUCUAGUUGAGCACCGGAAAGCCGAAGGUGAGUCGCAGAGAGGGCUAAAUGCAUCUAAAGUACCGUAGUACCGGCACAGGUACCAAGCGAUAAGCGCGCACGUGCCACAGCCUGCAGCUGGAUCCACGCUAAAUACGUCAGUCGCGCUAGGACUUUUUCUACAGA